AUGUCACACAACAGCAAUAAUGGUGUAUCUUCUGAACCUCCCACUUCAGGCCAGAUGUUGCACACCCAAACUGAGAUCCCUAUCUUUCCUGGCCAAUGGGGCCCUGUCACAGUCUUCAACCCCGCACCCACCUAUGUUGCUGGCACUAUUCCUCUCCCCAUGUCCCAACCUCCCGCUUCCACAGCAGAGCCAUCGCGGUCAUUGAAGGGGAAACAGACAGAAAAGGGAACAAAAGAUUUUGAGUACGAGUUUAUGUUGAAUACUAUGGAUCCGAAGAAGGAGGACGAAACUGUCUACUUUGUUGACUCAAAGGAUCAAUCACCACAAGAAGUUCUGGACGAGAUUUUAACCAGGAUGGGGGUGGACCUUUCUGUCCACCGGAUUGGAUACCACCUAUCUGAUGAGAAGCAAUCCAUUUGGACUCGUAUCAAUAGUGCGGAAGAUUUUGCUGUUGCAGUCAAGGCCCAACGUGACAUUCAGUCCCGAGCAUUCAAGCAAAAAAAAAUGUGUAUUAUCAAUAAGGAUGCAGUCAAAAAGGAGCCAUGGCCUGGACACAUGGUGACCAAGAAGUGCCGCACAGCCACAGAUCCGAGUGCGGAUUUUCGUCAUUUACAUGUCACCAAUGAGGCACUUGCAGUCUGGGCAAAUGCAAUGGUUGAUGGUGUCAAGGAUGUUUCAUUCACUCAGCCACCCAACAAUCACCUUUUUAGGGCAUCCCAUCUCAAACCCCAACAAAAUGAUGGCCCCAGCUGGAAGCAUGCAAGGUCACUCACCCCACCAUCACCCUCUCUAAUGCCAAUGAAGCACAAGAAAUGUGUUUCAGACACUAAAAAGGGUUUUUGGGGAAGAUGCAAGGUACAAAUCAAUCUCUAA